AUGGUUUCGCAGAUAAUCUCGUGUUUAGCUCAACCUUCGUCUCUUUUCUGCAUCUCGGAUCGCCGGAGUCUAAUUCUGCCGAAGACUUAUAACCGCGACGGUUUGAUUCGGUUUUCUCGGGGAUUUGCUAGCCGCGGCUUAUCUACGGUUAACCGGAGGAAAUGGAGAUCCGCAUGCAUUUUCAACUCUGGGAAGGAUACUGGAGGAGAGGAAAAGGGAGGUAGCUCAGAGUGGGCGAUACUUGAGAGAUGGGAAGUUCCAUGGGAAUGGCAGACUGUUUCUUUAACUUCGCUUGCUUGUGGAUUAAGUUUUAUUUUGACAGGAUUAACCGAAAUGGCGGUCAUACCCUUCUUAGGAAUCGAUGUUGAGAAACUGAGCUUGGACGAUAAGGCCGAAAUUUUGUUCCUCGAUCAAGGCUUAACGACUGCAGUGGUGCUUGCUGUCAUAUUCACUGUUGCUAAAACCUUCGAGCCACUUCCUCGAGAUAUUUUGCGCUAUGAUUUGAAAGAACCUUUCAACCUGAAAAAAGGAUGGCUCGUGUGGGGUGGAAUCGGUCUGGUUGGUGCUGUUGGCGCUAUUGCGUUAACCGGUACUGCUUUAUCCCUUUUCAGGACAGAGACACCUGAAAGAGAGGUAGACUCUUUGAUGAAGCUUCUUCCAUUAAUUGGAUCCUCGAACAUAAGCACCUUAAGCUUAGUUGGCAUAACUGGAAUCCUUGCUCCACUUCUUGAGGAGACUGUGUUUCGAGGAUUCUUCAUGGUCUCUCUUACCAAAUGGGUCUCGACCCCAGUAGCGAUCACCAUCAGCUCAGCUGCGUUUGCCCUUGCUCACUUCACACCCGGUGAAUUCCCGCAGUUGUUUGUUCUAGGAUCGGUUUUGGGAUUAUCGUAUGCGCAAACCCGCAAUCUCAUUACACCGAUGCUCAUACACGGUUUCUGGAACUCCGGAGUUAUUUUGCUGCUCACUUUUCUUCAGGUGCAAGGGUAUGACAUCAAGGAACUAUUGCAGGCAACAAACUAG